AGUCUAGUUACGUCAAAAUUCCGCGACGGUCUGUCAGAUCCAAACAUGGCUUCGUCUAGGCUAGAAAUCAAUUUUAUCAGGUUAUUGUCUCGCUGCGAAUCUAUAGCCGCCGAAAAACGAGGUGAGACAGAAUGGCGAUUAGAAAAGUAUGUUGGUGCCCUCGAGGAUAUGUUGGUGGCUUUGAGGAAAACCCCAAGCAAACCUACACCAGAAGUGCUGACAGAUUACACAAGGAAGGUAGACUUCCUAAAGGGAAUCCUGGAUGCUGAGAAAUUGUCUUCAACAACAGAGAAAGCAUUAGCCAAUCAACUUCUUGCUCCGGGACGAACUCCCACGAUAGCCAAUGAGAGAACGCCUGCAUCAAAGACGGUUCACAUGCAGACGAAGGCCCGGUGUACAGAAGAGAUGAGGAAUGAGCUGUUGGGCACUAAUCUUUUCUCCUUAGGUAACGCGAAUCAGGAUUUGCGAAACAGAAGGGGCGUGCCUCUGGACGAGCGGCAGACGGCGACGGAGCUGGACGCGGUGCUGCAGCACCACCACCUGCUGCAGGAGAAGCUGGCCGAGGACAUGCUGCACCUGGCCCGGAACCUGAAGAACAACACCAUGGCCGCCCAGAACAUCAUCAAGCAGGACAACCAGACGCUCAGCCACUCGAUGCGGCAGGCCGACGUGAACUUUGAUAAGCUGAAGACGGAGUCGGAGCGGCUGGAGCAGCACACCAAGAAGGCCGUCAACUGGUUCCUGUGGAUCAUGCUCUUCCUCGUCUCCUUCACCUUCAUCAGCAUGAUCCUCUUCAUCCGAAUCUUCCCCCGGCUGAGAUGAGGAUAGCAAGGUCGACGUGGCGGAUGGCCAGUUUACCAUCGUAACUCCUCAGGGGGAUGGGGUCUGCUUGUUUUUGAGCAGGACAAUGACGCAGAACGAACGGCACAGUGCUGAGGGGCGGGGCUACGUCUCCGUAGGUUGCGUUCCGAACAUUUGUACAUUCAAAAUCGUUGGUCAGCAAUUGGUACUUCCAAACCUCUGUAUAACUUGUGACAAAACAGUACCUAUAUACACACAUGCAGUCUUAUCAGCCUGGCCUGCUAUAGAUUAUGUUUUUCAGCAGCAGCACCGAUGCUUCGGAAGGCAUUUGAGUGCUUUAGAAUUGUGUUAAAUCACAGCACACUAUGCCAUAAUUGCCUUAGUUGUUAAUUAAGAGAAUAUAUCCAGGUCAUUCAGUCAGCACAGGCAAGCUCCUUCACACAGCGACCACUGUUGGGCUGAAGAAGAACGCUGUGCCGACACAUUGGCUGACCGCAGCGUCUCAGUCGGUACUGCAGUCCGGACAUAAGAGGUUCAACCUUCAAUAGUCGCAUCGUCUUCUGAGACUGUUGAAGGUCUAUAGUGUGAGUAGUAUGGCCGAGAUAUCGAUGUCUUUGGGUCAGAUUUAUGACCGUAAGAGGACUCGGGUCUUAAAUAUUAUGGAGCUCUACAUGAAUUAGCUAAUGAUAGAGGCUUUGUUUUGCUAAAAGCUGUAUUGGUGAUGUUUUUAGUCUUAGUAAUGAUGGUAACCGAUUGUGAUGCUUAUUAUAGAUUAUUGGCUUAUCCUGGGGGUUACUCCCCGCCAAUCUGAAGUAUAUUAUAUAUUUAUCACUUACACAAAUUAGGAGUUUCCUGUAAAUGAAAAGCCUUCUAGCGCCCUCUGUCGUUCAACUAUCGGUCGCUGCAAUAUCUAUAUGUCGCCACAGGGUGUCAGGCAAGACUUUUGAAAAGCAACACAUAACCCCAACGAACCCUUCCACCUAUUUAAAAACGAUUCGAGGGAAGACGUUUGACUAAAUAAAGGCUGAGAGCUGUUGAACCUCGUUAAGCAUUUGGCGUGACCAUUAUUUUCAUCAGUUUGAUGAAAAACAUAUACUUCUGUUUAUGCUUUGACAAGGCUGAACUUUUAGCGUUCACCUCGGAAGCCAGUAAAGCAAAACAUACAAGUUAUGCUUGGCCUUUCGGAUGGGGGUGUAAUGCGCUCAACUCCAGCCCUUCGGUAUGUUCCGCCCGUGUUGUGAGUUUGAAUCCGAGGCCAUUCCGAGGUGUUGGUUGCCGAGCGGCCUGCCCGGGCUUGCCGCUCCGCGGUGCUGGCCCUUCCCUUCUCCCCUCCUCCUGCAAGCGCCCUACCUCACGACUCUAUGAGGCCCAGCUCGCCUGCUGUGUAUUUCGGGAUCCAUGGGGGGUAUUUCUAUCUGGCGGAAGCCAAGGUAUGUAGGCCACCAGGAGACCAAAUCAGGUUGUGUGACAGAGGUGGAGGCAUCGUUCAUAUUGUCACAGCUGCUUUUGGCACGCCACGCCACUAAAGCAGACUCAAGUCGGUUGGGCUUUUGUUUUAAAUGUCCCUAAAAACAUUCGUUUCAAAAUAGUCAUUUCGUUUUUGGUGUUGAAGUUCCUACGAAAACUGAAAUAUUUUCGAUGUUUUUGGUGCUAACAAUUUGUGGAUGCUUGCUGUUCUGUGUCAGCCCAGGGACAUUGCAUAAGUGUAGUCCAGGUGGGUUUCUUAUGAAUGGGGAGUGCAAGGCUAAUUGAUGGUGUUUCUCCCUGACCUUUGACCUGAUCAACUUGAAUGAGCCCCUGAGGUCAGUUCUCUAUUCCUAUGGAAGCUGGCUCCAAACACAGUCGUUCAUUAUUCACAAAAGCAAUGUGGAGGAGCAUAUCUUAUUUUAAUAAACAACUAAGAUAAUCAUA